AUGGCCACCAGUGAGGAUGCGGUUUUUUCGGCAAAAGGGAGAAAAAGGAGUUUGCAGUGGGAUGGCGCGUUUGAUAAGCACGCGCGGGUAGGGGGGGUCCCCCACGGGGUCACCACGAGCGGGGUGGGUGUAGAGAUUGGCAGUUCGAUGGGAAGAGAGAUUGGAGGUUCGACUGUCAGUCCGAUUGGAGGGGAUAUUGCCAGUCCGAUUGAUAGUCUACCUGGAAUUUUGCGCGGACCAGCUGCGCCCCCCCAACAGAAGGCACGCAGAAAAGGCCGCCUCCAAAGCAGCGACGCCGUGUGCAACAUCCUGUCCUUCAUGCCCUUCGCCCAGAGGUGGAACUGCAAGUUGUUAAGCAGGUCCUUCUACGAAGCCUUCCACACGAAAUACGCCUGGGAUAACAUAGACGUACGAUUCCAAAAUUUAGACAUUUUUAAAAUCAAUUUUGUAAAAUCAUUUGACAAGCAUUUUGUGAAUACCUUCUCCCUCUUCCUAUCGAUUAAUGAAAACACACGAGCAGAGCCGACCAUCAAUUUGGCCAUCAACAACUUCCCACGGUUAAGAGAUCUGCGCCUGUAUUGUAGAAAAAAAAAUAAUAGCUAUAUAUUUGAGGGGGUUCACCCGAUUGUCUCCAGUCUGCUGAGCGGGAAGGGGGCGGUGGCACAGAGGGAGGUGCACACAACUGGGGAGUGCCCCAAGGAGGGAGACACACCAAACGACAAACACGAGCAUGGGGAUGGGGAUGGCAAGGCACCCGGAAUGACUUCUCCUCGGGAGCGCCGUGCUAACCGGUGCAGCCAAUCACCGGUGGACCUCCCCGAUUGGGACUUUGAGCUGAGCGAUCUUUUUUUGUACAGCAGGUACUACGGACAAGGGGAAGGAGCGCGUCAAAAUGGAGGGCAUGUCAGCGGAGAGGGCGAUGGUGGGAUGCAUAACGGAGAGGUCCAUGAUGCACGGCGUAGCGGAGAGGGGGCCGCCCAGGAGGCAGACGACCCCCCGGAGAGCUUCCUCACAAUUGCGGCGCGCACGCACAUGUGGAACGCGCAAAGGGUGCAAUUGGAGAACCAGUUUGAGCACCUGGAGCGGCUGGUGCUGGACGUGAAGCUCAGAGGAGAUGAGCUUCUCCCCUUCGUCGGGAGAAUGACAAACCUAAAGGAUAUAAUUCUGAGUAAGCUCCUAUACACAGACAAGCUAAACCGGGCUCAGUGCAUCACAAUAUUUACGUGUUUCAUUGAAAAGAUAAAAAAAAAUAACAUUCGAGUGUUGCAACUGGGGCUGUUCUUUACUCGCGAGUACAAGCCGACUGACUAUCUUGACAGUGAGCUGUUUCGGAAAAUUGUUAAGGACAGGAGGGAGCUCACCUCCCAUGCAGACAAGGAGGAGGGGGACGAGCUGAUACAUGUCCUGCACAGGAACCACUUGCAUUCGCUCUACUGCCUCUGGAGCAACGACCUCUUCAUCUCCUUCGCCAUGUACGAGCGGAUUAGGACCUUCAGAAACCUGAAGGUAUGGAUCCUGCCCGGCUGGCGCGCCCUCUCCCUCGUGAAGCAGUGA